CAUCAUCAACCACAUACACUUUAUCAACAUCAUCAUGGAUCAAAUUAUGAUCCCGGUUCUAAUCAUGACUAUUAUCAUCAACAACCGGUGCUUAAUGAUCAUCAUCUUCUUCCAAUAGAUUCCUAUCAUACCCAUAAUGGAUUAACAUAUUCAUUACAACAACAGCAACAACAGCAGCAGCAGCAGCAGCAGCAACAGCAACAAAUUGAUCCAAAUGAUGAUCAACAUAUAUAUACACGUGUUCAUUCAACAUCCUCACAUUCAUCAUCAUCAUCCCUAUCACCACCAAUAUUAACGACAAAUAAUAAUUUAGCAUCAUCAUCUUCAUCAGCUUCAUCAUCAUCAAGUUAUUCUUAUCCACAAAAAAAUUCUUCAUUAUUAACCGGUGGUUAUUUUCAUCAAAAUUCGAAUGGAACAUUAACACUUUAUAGUCAUCAUCAUCAACAUCAUUCAGAUAUUGAAACAUUAUUUCAAUUAAAUGAUUUUGAUAGAGAAAAUGAUGAUGAUGACGAUGAUGAUAAUGAUCUUUCAACUCUUGUUCAUCAUCAUCAUGGAAUGAUUGAUGAUCAUCAUCAAUUGUUUUCACAAAAUGAACCAACAACAUCAAUUUUACGUACGGUGCUUAAAAGACCAGUUGUUGAUAUGCAUAAUCAAUAG